GCUCGUAUUAUUAUACAGCAAAAAAGGUCUUAAUUUCUUAAUCUUCUUCCAACAAUCCAACCCACCAGCCUUCUGAUUCCAACAUCCUUACUUAUCAUCUCUCUGAUUAUCGAUAGGUGACUGACCUUGAAUUUACGCCCUACUUGCUCUUCUCUUCGAGGUGGCAGACAAGCGCUUGGGCAAAAACGGUUUGGAUCUGGAGAUCAGGGACUGUUCUCAAAUCUCCAAUCUUCAUCUAUUACCUGGAAUCUCGCUCUUUGCCUCUUGAUUUAGGCUUGGUGGAAGGUGGAACUGAUUAAGAGAGGAAAAUCCAGAUAUGUCGGCUCUCUUCAAUUUCCACUCCUUUCUGACGGUAGUGCUGUUAGGGAUUUGUACAUGCACUUAUGUGAAGAUACAUUUUCCUGCACUUCUUGAACAGAGAACCGGGUUUCGAGGUUUCUUUUGGAAGGCUGCUAGAAUAGGUGAACGGUUGAGUCCAUGGGUGGCUGUGGGCUGUUUGACGAUGGGUGUUUCAAUAAUCUUCUUCUGACAGAACAAACUGUUUGAACUCAAGAAAGUACACCCUCAGCUGGUGGUAAAUUAGCAGUUGAUUUUGUUUCUUCAUCAAAUGCUUUCUUUGAUUAAAGGAUGACACCAAGCUUGAUGUGAGACCAAUUCCUGCUUUCCUUGAUCACUACUUGUAUCGUGAACUGAAUUUUAGCGUGUAAAAUUAUUGAGCUGUGAUGAGAAGGUUGGAAUCUGUGUUGUCUACUUUAGCACUCAUAAUUUUACUUUAUGUGGUAAUAGCUUAGUCUACAAAUAGAAAUCAAGAAGUCUGAUUUAUUUGUUUGAAUUGAUUAUCAUAUGUCCAGUAUUUGCGUGGUC